CUCUCUCUCUCUCUCUCUCUCCUCUAACAUUAAACUGUAGCAACUAGAAAGUGCUUUAAUUAGCAUAACCUCUAACAUUAAACUGCUAUGAACCUCUCUCUCUCCUCUCUCUCUUCUUUUAACCCACUAGGCACUCAAAGCAGAGGCAGCAAGGAACCAGCUCCUGGUUGUCUUCUAAAAAGCUUCCAUCUUUCCGACUCCAAGAAGCUCAAAAACUCACUAAAUUUCCAAACCCCCACAGAAAACUAAGUCAUGGGUUGCUGUGAAUCCAAAGUUUCAGAGAACCAACAACCAGAGAAAAUCCAAACCCAGCAUCUAGCUCACAACAGCUGGACCCCAACCCACCACACAAAUCCCACAUCUGGAUCCGACCUGGAAAUUGGCGGAGCCCUACCCUUCUCCGAGUUCUCCUUUGCUGACCUCAAAGCCGCCACCAAUAACUUCAGCUCUGACUACAUAGUUUCGGAGAGCGGCGAGAAGGCCCCUAAUCUUGUUUACAAGGGCUGGCUACAGAACCGUUGUUGGAUCGCCGUUAAGAAGUUCACUAAGAUGGCGUGGCCUGAUCCCAAGCAGUUUGCGGAGGAAGCUUGGGGCGUGGGGAAGCUGCGGCAUCGGCGGCUUGCGAAUUUGAUUGGGUAUUGUUGUGAUGGGGAUGAGAGAUGUGUGAGGGAGAGAGGGAGAGAGAGAAAUUGAGUGGGUGGAGUCAAAGAGUGAGGGGGAAGGGUGGG